GGCUCUGAGUGCAGGCUGUGCAGCAGGGUUGCUCCUGUUCAUAUGCUGUCUGCGUAGGGCAGUCGGCACGGAAUGCUCCACCUGCACACCUUGCUCAGUGCUCAGCUCCCUCUCAGAUGGGCACGGAGUGCCUGGGAAGGUGUUGGUUGACUCUCCAUGCCAGCUGUUUGACAGUGCCUGUGCAUUGCAGGCUGGCCUGAAGAUUCACACUGCACGUGUUCGAUGCCCUGCCCAUGCUGGUGAAGAUGCAUGAGGGAAGUGCUGAUUUUGCUGUGUAGGUGGACAGCGUGGUGUGCUUUAUUGCCUGUGCUUGAUAUAGGGGUUGGAGCCUGCCUGCCUCCCCCAUCCCAACUGUAUAUUUUGCUUUAUGCAGCAGGCUACAGGCCGGGUUUUGCCAUGACUAACUUACAUGCUGCUGUAUUCUGAGAUGUUACAUUGCAGUGAUGGACCUUCAGAUUCAUAGCUGAAGGCCUGAAAAUUUCAAGCACGUACACCUUAAGUAUCUCUUAUUUGAGGCGGUUAGAAGUGAAUGUGACUAACUGCUAUUGUGCAUUAAUGCAUUUAUUAAUGAUGGUAAAAGCUGUAGAUGGAAAAGCAAUAGGUCGGGCUUGAGCCCCUUUGGGAUAAAUACAACGUUGGUCUUGUGGGGAAACUCUUUAUUAUGCUUUUGUAACUUGAGUUUUCAGUUUUCUGAGUACCUGCUGCUUGGCACACCACUAACACAGCGAGCAGCCCCCCAGAAUGUGGAAGCUCUGAAGCGUGGCAGUGCUCACACUGUGGGCUUGCAGUGUGGGCAGUGCUGGGAGCCCCGCAGCACCUCUGCUUCCCAGCUGUGCUGUGCCUGGUGCUGCUCUGGCCCCGGCCCUGUAAGGGGAGGUUGCAGAGCGCGUGUUUACCCGAAGCACACAACCUGCUCAGCCGCAAUUAUCUCCUAAUCUGGUCCUUCCGAGUUUCUCUGGUCUCGCAGUUUCAGAUGCCUCUGGAUGUUCAAUGAUAGCACUCCUCCAUACUGGAGCAGCAAAGUUUCCCCAACACUUUCUUCCAAGGGCGAGACAAGCUGUGUGCCUGCUCCUCCCUGCUGCUCUUCUCAAAGGGUACGGCUCCAUCAUAAGCAGGAAACUGGCGUCCCACGGCUUUGGAGCUUCCAUGGCAGCAAUGUCAUCCUUCCCUCCACAGAGAUAUCACUACUUCUUAGUGCUGGAUUUUGAGGCCACAUGUGAUAAACCACAGAUUCAUCCUCAGGAGAUCAUCGAAUUCCCUAUCCUGAAGCUGAAUGGAAGGACGAUGGAAAUUGAAUCCACCUUUCACAUGUAUGUUCAGCCUGUGGUGCAUCCCCAGCUUACGCCCUUCUGUACAGAGCUGACUGGGAUUAUUCAAGGCAUGGUGGAUGGGCAGCCGAGCCUCCAGCAAGUGCUUGAGAGGGUCGACGAAUGGAUGGCAAAGGAAGGACUCUUAGAUCCCAGCGUCAAGUCGAUUUUUGUGACCUGUGGAGACUGGGAUUUGAAAGUGAUGUUACCAGGACAAUGCCAGUACUUAGGGCUGCCGGUUGCUGAUUACUUCAAACAGUGGAUUAAUCUGAAAAAGGCGUACAGCUUUGCCAUGGGGAGUUGGCCAAAGAACGGACUCUUAGACAUGAACAAAGGACUGAACCUACAGCACAUAGGGAGGCCUCACAGCGGGAUAGAUGACUGUAAGAACAUCGCCAACAUCAUGAAGACACUGGCCCAUAGAGGCUUCAUCUUCAAGCAGACCUCCAAACCCUUUUGAUCCCCAGGGCAGGCCAGGCAGGGCUGCAUGCGCCCGGCGCCGGCGAGGCGGGGAGGACGGGCUCUAGCAUUCAAACGGCAACCGAGGCCAGAGGAACCGACACAAAUCUCAAUUCAGCUGUUACUCCAGUAGAGGUUGUAUAUAUGGGAAGGCAAAUCUGUGUAGACCUGAUGUGACUCCCUCUCUGGGCUGCUCCGGACAUUAUGCCAUGCUAGCGGACAGCCGCGUAGGGCGCUUGCACCACAUUUUAGACUCGUAGUUUGUUCUUUUCUUUGGCUCCCGAUUUCCGUCCCUCCCUCCGCGCCCCACCCCGCCUCCUCCCUCUCCCGCCCCGUAGCCACCACGUCCCCGGCAUGGGCCGUCCCCGCCUUCCCUUCUUUCUUUUUGCUGGUUUUAUGUUUUCAGGCCUUGACGGCUGCUGCAGCGCGUGCCCACGCCGCGCUCCUAGAGACUCAGCAGUGUCGAGACGGCCCCCGCCCUCCCCGCCAGCCCCAGCCUCUCCCCGAGCGCCUUUCUCCCCUCUUUUUGAAUCGACACUAACCCCUCUCUGACUCCUGUAUGUGACAAACGCAAUCCGUCUCUUUAUGUUCAAGGUGAAGUGCCUGUAUUCUCCGCUGCAGAGCCCCUGGCAGCCCUGGUGCGGGCUGCGGGGCCCCGGAGGGCUCCCUUCAGUGGGGCAGGGGCCCGGCGGGUGGGUAGGCGGGCAGCAGGGGGGAGGUGACAGCGUGCAGAGCCCCCGUCCCGUCCGCUCGUGCCUCUCGGGGAUGGGUGGGAUGCCCAGCCCUGCCCCAGCACCACCGACCCGUCCCAGCUCCGCCGGGGCCAGGUGUGCCGCAGCACCGCGUCCAUUGCCGGCGGUGGACGUGCCAGCGCGCGCUGGCCCCGACCCACAGGUACCUGGAGCAGGGGAUCUGUAAAUCGGCCCAGGUCCCCCGGCCCGCUCCCCUCCCGCUCCCCCGGUUCCCAUGCUGAGGCUCAGCCCCCGCGUGCCCGCGGUCCCCGCACUCCCCGUGCCCCUCGCGGGUCCCCGCGGAUGCUCAGCAGCAGCUGGCUUGUUGCCUGAGAGUUGCCGAGCGCGUCCCCUCUGGCUGGGUGGGUUCGCAGUCGGGGGCAGCCACGGGGCAGGCUGAGGGCGUGCAACCCCAGUGUCACCCAGUGUCACCCAGCCCCGGGGCCCUGCUGAAUGGAGCCCUCAUCCGGGUGCUGACCUGCAGGGAGGCUGCAGCCCCGGGCCCGUGCGUGCAUGGCCUGGAGCGAAGCCGGUGACGGCAGCCAGAAGGGCAAUACAGGCACUGAACUUGGCGGUACAUGACUGCAUGGUGUGUGGUGUUCCAGUUAAACCAACCGAUAAUGCAAACCCAGCAUUUUCAUUGUCUAGUUAUUCCAAUCCUUGCUGUAAAUGUGCCACAUGAAUAAAGUUUGGGGGUAAAGGA